UUUUUUUCUUUACCGGAUGACUACCCUCGCUUUCAGAUCUGUAAACACACACAUUCACAGAUUUAACUGACCAGCUGAUCAAGAAACCUUAUGUAGCUGUCAUCAGGCCUGAGCAGAGACUCAGUUCAUGUCGGAGACUGAGCGUCUGUCCAUGUGUGGUUUUGUUAAAAGUUUCUCUUUCUCUGGCUUCAUCCUCUGAAACUUCCUCUUCAGAGCGUCUGGAUAAAGCGCUGAGGAGAGAUGGGUCCUCGUACAGCAGGUUUUUAUCAUGCUGAAUUAUCCUGCACCACACACAAAACCAAACACUGGUGCUCUUUAGAAUCACUGUCUAAGAAUGGAAAUAUUACCCUCUCAGUCACCCCCUCUAAGCAGAUGAAGGCGGUUGCAGGAGGUGGAUGUGGAGGUCAGGGAGGAGCCCGGCUGAGGAGCAGCAGUGAUGGAAGCAGAUACAGCAGGAGAGAAGCUGGACUCCCCAACAACUCCUCCUCCUCCCCAAUGCUCUCCAACCCCAAAUCAGUUCUGAAGAGACCAGUGAGCACUGAGGAGCUGCAAAAACCAGGAGGACCCUACAUGAAGAAAACAUUUACAAUCGUGGGUGAUGCUGUGGGUUGGGGGUUUGUGGUGAGAGGUAACAGACCAUGUCACAUCCAGGCUGUGGAGCCCUGUGGCCCAGCGGCUGCUGCAGGGAUGAAGGUUUGUCAGUUUGUGGUGUCCGUCAACGGCCUCAAUGUUCUUAAUCUGGACUACCGGACCGUCAGCCACCUGAUCCUAACAGGACCCAGAACCGUGGUGAUGGAGGUGAUGGAGGAGACUGACCAUUGAAGAAUGAAAGAGACACUGAUGUAUGGACAGUAUGGUAGAAGCUGAGAAUACUGUGUAUGGUGUUCUGGCUGUAGUGAAGCAGUUACUAAUAUGUGUGUCCUCUCUGAGGUUUUCUCCAGAGGACUGCAAAAACACAAUAAUGAAACAGGAAAGAGCCUUGUUAGGAAUUAUAUGGGAAACAUUCUGUUUUUAAAUUGUUGAACUGAUGGAGGGCACUUGUCAGAUUGUUUGGCUGAGGAUAUAAACUGAAGGUCAACAGUUGAAUGAGCUUAUAGAGUUUUGUUGGAAAGUUGCUCCCAAAAAGUUCCAGCUCGAACCCAAUAGAGUUUAUUGAUGAUGCUCAGAAAUGGACUACUGUAUGUAGGCAAUAGCUACUUAACUAACACACUGAGAUAGUUUGGAAUAUAGUGCACUGUUUUUGUCUGAGUCAUUUUGAAAUGAAUGAGAAAGCCUCCAAAUUCUCUUUUGAGAAUUUCUCUUUUUUCUUCUACUUCUUGAAGGCUUAAAGAGACGUGUGAUAUUAUCUUUCUUUAAAUGAUGUGUCAGUUUGUUUGUCUCAUCAGAGCUACCCAGUUCUUUUAUUUAUUCUAAAGGAGUUUUAUUCUGAACUUAAAGCUCAUCACUAUUUGUUUGCAUUUUGUUUUUCUAAAUGAACAUCUGUCAGGCAGAAAAUGUUCCUGACAGAAAACAAAAAAGCUUUGAUGAACUGGCUGACCUCUGCAUACUGAAUAAUGAUAGACAGGAGAAAGUGUCUGUGUACAAUAUUUAGUGUUUUUCUAAAAUGUUUUGUGUUUCACUUAAAUGGUGUAUAACUCAAUCCUGGUAGUGAUGGUGUUGUUGACAACACUCCAACAGCUGGUGUUUCCUUCAGUGCAGUGGUUUGGACUUUUAACCCCAUAUGUCUCAUCCACACACAAACACAUUACCUGCAUGUCUCACACACUCUUGCACACACACACACCUGGAACCACGUGCCCUCACCAGCCCCUCCCUUGGCUGUGUUUACUUUUCCAUCCACUCCCUGCGAUGUCUAAUUCCCAGAAAGGAAGUGAGGAGUGUGAAGAAGUCUGAGGUGGAUCAACAGCUCAGCGAGGAAACAGACUGUAACUCAAGUGCUUUGUUUUGAAGUGUCUCUCAAGUUUCUCUUACUCUUUUUUAUUUUUUAGAUCUUUGUACUGUAUCUGUUUUUACUGUGUGUGUGUGUGUGUGUGUGUGUGUGUGUGUGUGUGUGUGUGGUACUUUUUUCCAUUUGUGUGUAUAGUCGACUCCAGAUUCAAUAAUGCUGAGAUAUGUCCCAGCAGGCAGUGUUUUCCUCUCUGCAGGGCGAUUCUGGAGACUCAGUGAGUCUCCUGGCUCCUCUUGCAUCUUUAAUGGCAGUUUUAAUAGAGGCAGUUAGUAGAAUCACGCUCGGAUAUUGUUUUAAAAUACCGAGUCCGGAGGAUUUUAUUAAGAAACUAAAUAUCCUCAUUAAAAAUCACUAUCACUUGAUGUACAAUACAGAAUUACAGGCAGAGAAUAAGCCAAUUAGACUGUAAUCAAUAUCAAAAUAUUGCUUUAAUUUCAACUUUCAGUAAUUUAUAUUAUUCUUGUGUCAGCUCUUUUAUUUCUUCACCUGUAACUGUUUGAAUUUGAUUUUGAUUGUGAAACUACUUAAAGCUGCAUUUCCCACAAAUAAAAUAGAAACGAAGGACA